AUGAUUCUCAUCAUUGGCGCCGGCAUGGCCGGCGUAACCCUCGCACGCUACCUCCACUCCCACGACAUCCCCUUCCGCAUCUUCGACCAGCAAUCUCAGUUCAAGAACCAGGGCUUUGGUCUUACUCUCCGCUCAGACACCACCGCCAAGCUCCUCCCGCUUCUUGGCCUAGGGGAAGACGACUUUGCUACUCGCGUGGCUGUGGAUCGCAAAACUGGCAAGACGAACACCUUCUUGGUCAACUUAACGACAGGCGAGAAAUUUGCGGCGGCAAGCUUCAAAGAGGGAGCGAGCUCGCGAGACUUCAGGACAAAUAGACAGAGGUUGAGAGGCGUCAUCAUGGGUGAUUCUGCGGGGAGGGUGGAGUAUGGAUGCAAGCUGCGAUCAUUUAGUUCUACAACUUCCGGCGUGCGUGCGGAGUUUGAGAAUGGGAUGGUGGUAGAAGGUAGUGUGCUGGUCGCCGCUGAUGGGGUGCACUCACUCAUCCGCUCACGCCUGCUCCCGCAUUGUGUCCCGCAGGACUGGGAUGGUGUUAUGGUGAAUGGCACAUGCCGCUUCUCACUUGCAGAAUGGGACGCGAAGAUUAGACCGCACAUCCAGGAUGCGGCGGUGUACCCCGGAUUCGGGGAUCAAAAGGUCCUCGCCCUCACCAUUUAUGAUGCCAACUGGGACCCCGAGAUCGGUUACGUCGAUGUGUCGUGGGGCUUAUCCAGAAGGAGAAAAGAAGGUAACGAUCCGCUGUUCGUGAGAUACGGGGACCGGUCGUUCGACAAGGGGAGUGCGCCAGACGCUUUCUGGGACGAAGUCGAGGCGUUGCCGCCGAAGGAUCUUGUGGAACCUUUCAGGACUGUCUAUGAAGACGUGCGAGCGCGAGGUGAUAGAACGAUUCACCAUCAGCUUGUGAGCAUGUUGAUUCCGAAAGACGACCUGCUCGCCAAGCUCCAGUCGGACAAGGUUGUUUUCAUUGGCGAUGCGGUGCACGAUUGGUCCAACCAUGCAGGGACGGCGGCGAACGCGGCGAUCCAGGAUGCGCUGGCGUUAGGAGAGGUGCUGAAUGGGAACAGGGGACUGGAGGAGUACUACGAGGAAAGGUAUCCCAGCUGGCUGGGCAGUUACGAAAAGAACGGAGAGGAUUUCCAGACCUUGCAUCGGCCGAUGAGCGAAUGGAGGGCACUGUUGGAUGUGCAGAAAGCGGGCCCGGAUAAUACGGAAUUGAAUCAGGCUGCGGCUCAUGCUGCACAGCUAUAG